GUUUGGAUCAUUGCGGUUGAUUGCAGUCCAAUAACACGUUUUAUUUACAUGUAACCAUUAAAGAUUGCGAAAUGUGAAGGAAAAAGUAGCUCGUUAAUGCUUAAUCGGAUGAACGGUGUGCACGCGAAUCGCUACAAUUGCAUAAUCAAUGUUCCUUGUACAAAGACCAAUUAUUUAUUGUAAAAUGUAAUUUACAUAAAAUGCAAGCAUACUGUAGUUUCGUUGAUCUUUAAAUUGGAUGAGUUUAAAUCUUUUUAAGUUUUAAACAGCCAUGUAUGACAUCUGACAGUCUUCUUUUAAUAUUCUACCGAUGACAUCAGCGGAGUAUUUCAUUAGUCUCAUAACAGUGGCCAGUGCCAAAAAACUGGCCACUGUUCUUGUAAUAUGUUUCAUAUUAUACCAUGGAGUGAUGCAUUUAAUAUAUGGCAGUGACUCGUGUAUAUGGCUAUUAACAGAAGGACGUUAUAAAGGGGAUAAAGAAUGGCAACCAUAUGGUUGUAUGAUGCAUCAUUACACUCAGACAGACAGUCGCAGAUGUCUUCGAUACUUAGCUUUUAUGGGUCAUCAUAAUCACUUUGUCUUUAGUGGAGAUACAAGGAUUAGACAAUUGUAUAAAACAUUUGUUUCACAAUUUAUUGUCGAUGGCAAAGCAUCUGAUCUGAGUAAUUUACCUGAGAAUUCGGAUUUAACAUUUGACGACGCACAACUCAGAUUGAAGGUCCAGUUUCUAUGGAGGCCUACAUUAGAUAAUUCAAUGAUUGAGGAUUUUAGAGGAUGGAUGAAUGAUGAAGCACCCAGCAUGAUCGUUGCCGGCUGUGCAGCAGCUGAUAUACUUCGAAAUAAUGCUAGUGACAUGCGACUAUACUCGGAGUAUAGUUCUGGACUGAUUAGAUUGGUGCAACCAGCGGAUGCGCUAGGACGAAAGGGAUCAAGGUUUUUGUGGACAAUGCAGGAUCCAGUUUUGAAGGAAAGACUUCCUAUACACUUGUCUGCUAUAGACAAUGCACAAAUUAAUCUAUGUAAUAAGGCAUCUUUCGAGAUACUAUCUCAUAGUGGAGCACAUUUAUGGGAAAGCAGUAGAUUAGUUGGUACGGGAGUACUCGAGCAGAGUCCAGAUGGGUAUUUGUCUAGUUCAUUGUCACUACGACACAAAGUUCAAAUAUUGCUCAACACUCAUUGCAACGAUCAUAUGAAUUUCGACGAUGGAAGCUGUUGUAGUUAUCCAGAAGCAGCAACUACUUUGCAGCUUCUUACUUUUUCCGCCCUUGGAUUAUGUAUAGUGAUUGGUGGUGGAGCAUGGUUGUACAAGAACUUGUUUCAAACAAGUGUUACCUACUCGAGAAUCUCAACCGAAGAAAUUGAACGAGCUGAGGAAAUAAACCCCACGGAUGCUUCAAAAGUAGAACAAACUCAGUCGCAGGACUAUUAUACCUUGAUCACGUCUCUUGCUUUGCUUUCCAUUAUAUUUGCAUACUUUUACCUGUGUGACAGGACGAAUUUCUUCAUGAAGGAAAAUAAGUACUAUAGUGAAUUUAGUUUUUGGCUACCCCUGGGUUAUAUCUUAGCACUUGGUCUUUUCUUCACCGAAGACUGUGAACGUGGGCCACGUGCAUUAAAUCGCGAACAGACAGACGAGUGGAAGGGUUUCAUGCAAGCCGUGGUCCUAAUAUAUCAUGUAACGGGUGCCAGAAACGUUUUACCAAUUUACAUGCAUCUGAGAUUAAUCAACUCUGCAUAUUUAUUUCUUUCUGGCUACGGGCACUUCUGCUAUUUUUGGCAGCGUGGUGAUAUUUCUUUAGUAAGAUUCAUGAGGGUCCUCUUCCGUCUGAACUUACUGACAGUCUCUCUCUGCCUUUGUAUGAACAGGCCAUACCAGUUUUACCACUUUGUUCCAUUGGUCUCCUUUUGGUAUCUCGUUGUAUUUACAUUGGUCUGGUUACCACCGAGAGUGUAUUCUGGUAAUCUUGUUGAAUACAGUCCACGAGCAUUACUCUACUUAGUGAUAAAGCUAUUGGGCCUUUUCUCAAUUAUCACAGUGCUUUAUAUGUCGGAGGUGUUUUUUGAAAAAAUUUUUGUAACCCGUCCAUGGAAAGCAUUGUUCGUAACAACUGACGAUGACAUUAGAGAGUGGUGGUCACGUUGGAGAGUAGAUCGAUACAGUGUAGCCUGGGGUUUUGUCUUUGGUGCUGGCAUGCUGGCAUUGCAACGGCUAGAUCACAUUCCAGGGACUGCUUUAGCUCCUGUCUUAGGACUUGCAUCCCUUGCGGCCUAUACCACCUUUACGAUACUCUGUUUAUCGGUCUCUGAGUGCGAAGAAAUUCACUCCUAUGUGGCUUUCAUUCCGAUUGUGGGGUAUAUCAUUCUGCGUAACUCAUCUCUAGCACUGCGAGGAAAGCACUCUGUUCUCCUAGCUGGCUUAGGUCGUAUCAGUUUAGAAUCUCUCGUCAGCCAAGGACAUGUCUGGCUGGCAGCUGAUUCUCAUGGUGUUUUGGUACUUCUGCCUAGAUUUCCAGUUUUGAAUUUACUUAUUACAUCCUUCAUCUUUAUAUGCGCCAGUCAUGAAAUUCACAGAUUGACGCGUUUAUUAGCGCCCUAUGCUGUGCCAAAUGACUGGAGGUUGGUAGCCCGUAAUUUUCUGUUAUUCAUCGCCGUCCUUAUACCCAUUGGCAUUCAUGAUGGAAUGUUUUAAAACAUCGUUACAGUUUCUUCGCUGUAACCCUAAGUCAUUAGUAAGUAAUUUCUUGAAGCAAGUUUUUCUUGCAGUUUUUGUAAAUAUUAGAUGUCAUCAACAAAUGUGUGAUGUGACAAGUAUUACGUACAGGUUGUACGU